AGUCCUAAACUUUAUGCCUACCUAUCUAGAAAGAACUCAACACUACAUAAUUUCAUAAGAAUCAAGAAAACAAUUUUUACAUGAACAUGAACAUGAAGGCAUCCAAGGAACUACACCUUCUUUGUUGUUUUCUAGUAUUAUGCAGUGUCAUGUUAGGUUCUUCUAUAGCCAACCAUGAUCAGAAAGACUACUACUGUGGUAAUAUCAGAAGAGCUCAAACACCUUUCUUGAAUCCCAAUCCUUCAAUAUUAAGUAGCAUCACCUUGUGCAGAUCUCAGAACCUCUACUUCAAAACUUCCCUUGGCCUUUUCCAAGUUUCUUCAGUUGAUUUAAAUGGUAGCUUACUAACUAUCUCUCACUCACCUUGUACUUCUUCUCUCCAAUAUCUUUCUCCUCUGGCUGUCACAACAGGUUUACCUUCUCCACCAGAACCUAACUCACUUAUUCUCUUCAAUUGUUCAAUCACAAGAUACCCCUUUUUGCCACUCUUGAAAAACUGCACACACAUACAUAAAUGUGGAGGUGCUGAAGAGCAUGAGAAAAGUCCUUAUUCAUGCUUAGUUAUUGAAGACCUUAAGAAAGUGGGUCUGGGUUUUCAUCCUCGAAAUUUGAACUGCUCCCAUUAUACCUGGGCACAUAAAAGUUCUUCACAUGGUGAAGAUCAUGGAGAAUUGAAGUUUGGAGCAAGGAUAUCUUUCAACACUCAUGUGCCAGAUAUUUGUAAGGGGUGCCAAAAGCCUAAUGACACCUGCGGUGCCGGGUUGAAUUGUUUAUGCCAUGCAAAAGAAUGCAAAGACAAGGUCAUAUCCGAGGUUGGAUCCAUAACAUUUACUGGUACCGUUUAUUUGGCUUUGCUAGUUAGCUUUCUCUCAUUGGUUUAGUAGCUUUCUUCUUAUGGUAUGUCUAACCAAGAUUAUAUGUAAGGAGUGAGUAGGGAGUACUUAGGUAGUUAGGUUGGAGUGCUCUGUUCGUAUAUAAUUAUUUGCUAUAUCAUACUUUAAUCUCAUCUAUUGAAUGUAACUAGUACAUAACAGAAUUUAAGGGUGACUAGGAGGGCUUCUAUUACCUGCAACUGCAGUUUAAAACCAUAAUAACAGCUCCAGUGCCACUUCCUCUCUUCAUCAUGCAUCAUAUUGAUCCUUUUUUCAGUUAGAUGAUAAUAAGUGGCAUAAAUGAUGCCAUUAUCUACUUGACCAAAUUCACAUACAUGUAAUCUUUGAAGUAAGCCCAUCCUUUACAUAAAUGCAGCAAGGACAGAGUUAUUCAGUGUUAAUGACAAGUACCGGGAAAAAAGGGGAUCAAAUUGUUACUUGUAAUCCUUUAUUAGCAGUGUCUCUUGCUGCCGCAGCAUCUCUGAUAGAGUUGUUGCAUCUUGCAAGGAAAAAGUGACCAAGCCUUGAAGGUGCUUCCACUAUGUUUGGUUUAAAAAGAUGUUCAUUCAUUUCAACAAGCAUGUGGUGGUCAUUUAAGGUCCUUGUAAGUUGUAAGUAGCUUCAACAACACUUUGAAGUUUGAAUGAAAUGUGCAUCGUACCAUGAGAAACAUCAUUGAAUAUCCCUUGGUCAACAUUUUGCAUUAAAGCAUUCAUAUCACGUCAUAAGUUGCUUGGGCUUGGGCUUUGAUCCAUUACCCCCAUGGAGUCAUGGACCCAUCACUCUUUUUUCAUAUCCCUAUUUGGCCCAAGCAAAAGCAAGAGUGUGUUAUAUUGGCCAAUAAAAAUAAAAUUAGGUUGAUUGAGUGGUAAGCUUACUUGUCCACCUAAAUAAAUGUCAAAAGUAGGGGUGAGCAUGGUCCGGUCCGGCUCGAAAAUCCGGUCCGGUCCCGAUCACUUUAGGGACUAAUUUGGUGUGAUUUCAUCGGGUUUAGAGCCGGGUAAGGGUCUCAAAAAUAAACCCGGUCAUUAUUUCGGGUCGAGUUUGGAUCAUAGUUCGGGUCACUCGAAAUCGGCCCGGUGGCCCGGUCACCAUACACAAUAAAUAUUUUGUAUUAUUAGUGAUGGAUGAUGGCUAUUAUUAU